AUGUGCAACACCGUGGACAUUCGAUCCGACCAUGAGGUCACGGACCUCAAGGAGGAGCUUGUCCAAGUCAAACAGCAGUUGGCGCAGGUUGAGCAGCAGCUCACCGACGUUGAGGUGCAGCUUCAGACUGCGCAACGUCGCCUGGCAGAUGCUGAGUCUCUGGUGAUCGAAGCUGAGCGAACUCAGCAGGAGUCUGAUGCCGGCUUCGCCUCUUAUGUUGAGGGCCUCAAGAAAGAGUUGUCCAGCAAGGAAGAGAUCAUCGAGGCAUGUGGUCUUCAACUAGAGAUCAAGGAGCUGAAGGAGCUGAAAGAUCGAAAGCAGAAGGCUCCACGUCUAUCCUUCUCUUCUGGAACGACUGCAGCGGGCUACAACUCAGCGUUCGUAUCGGACGAUGAAGCCCCGCCGGUUCCUCGCCUGAAUCCUGAUCUGAAGGUCCCCGAAAUGACCGAAGAGAAGAGAAAGGCAAUGGAGAAGAUCUGGGAGAGCAAGGCAGGAGUGAGAAAGGAGUUCCUUGAUCGCUUGAGAUCUAUCAAGGAUGAGUCCCGCGAGCCUAGCGUACCAUUCGACCUUGAGGCCAUUCGUCGCCGUGCUGCUCUCAAGGGUAAGCACACGAUUCGAACCGAGACCCCUCCUCAUGGUGGUCUCUUCCCUCCUCCGAGUCGCAGACCCCUUAUUCCGACUGCAAGAGAGUUCCGACCAACCUUUACCUCACCUGAGUCUCAGGCACUUUUCUCUCCUCAAUAUCCUGCACCUUUUGCCGGUCCUUCAAAUGCGCUCGUUCCCCGACGCGAAGAUGACUUCAUGUUGGAUCCCGAGGCCAAGCUCUGGAAGGACCAGUUCUAUCAGCAAUUCACUACGAUCAUGGGCUGGUUGCAGCGUCACUGUGGAGAGGUCUACCCUGACGUGACGGCACGUAUUUCCAGAUCCCAGAGCGGCCUUUGGGGUUUCAUGUGCGGUCUAACCUAUCCAACGAACCCUACUGCUGGUCAUAGCCACGCGGUUCAUAUGCUCAACGACCCAGUCCUGCGCCCCCACUUCCUCCUGCGUGCCGUGCUUCAGUAUCUUGAGCAGAACGUUUGGGGCUUGAAUAUGUGGCUUGGAUUCGACCGCGACCAAGAUCGAGCUCUUCUAGAGGCUAACUCUCGCGCCGAAGGUCAUGGAUACCCGCAGGCUGAGAGACAGUUUGGUGUCGACACGCGCAAAGCUAUCAUCCAGCAGUUCAUGAAGUCCACCGCGUUCCCGAGAUUCCAGCAUUUCAAAGGAACCGACGUUGUUAACCGCCUGAAGGAACUUACUGGUCCGUUCUUGAACCCCCUGGUGCCAAAGCAGGAAGCGUCACUGGAUCUCCACGUCAUCACGACCAUGGCUAUGGAGUUGUCUACCAAGAUGGUCACUUCUCGAUUGACCUUCAACAUCUCCUGGAACGAGUGCGGUGUUAAGUUUUCUGACGACAUGCACAUCUCGCUGAAUAACCAAGCUCCUGGCGUGACCUUGCAGUUUAAGCACUACCGCAUCAUGCUAGUUGUUACUCCCAGCAUCAGCUAUCGCGAUGACACCGGACGCAGCAUCAUGGCACGAGGGGUCACCAAGUCCCAGGUUUUGGUGAUGCAGUGA